AUGGCAACCACACUCAUGGACCUAAUAUCAAACUUCACAAACUGUCUCUUCUGCUUCCCCUCCUCUCCAAACCUCAAGAUCAACUCCCGAACCCUACGACUCCUCCGGCUCCUUGGCGAAGGUGGCUUCAGCUACGUCUACCUCGUCCAAGAUACAAGCACAUCCGCGCUCUACGCGCUGAAAAAGAUCCGCUGUCCCUUUGGUCAGGAGAGUGUUGCCCUGGCGCUGAAGGAGGUGGAAGCAUACAGUUUGUUCUCUGGUGUAACGGGUGGUGAUUUUAUUAUACACUCGAUUGACCACCAGGUCAAAGAUGAGGGGGGGAAGGUCUCGGGAAUUGGUAAUUCGGGAGAAGCUGGAGGGCAAAAGACGGUUUACAUACUGUUGCCGUAUUAUAGGAGGGGGAAUCUGCAGGAUGAGAUCAAUGCGAAUCUGGUGAAUCGGACGCGCUUCAGUGAGAGGCGGCUGAUGAAGAUUAUGCUUGGGGUGUGCAAAGGGUUGAAAGCAAUGCAUCACUACAAGAUCCCAAGUGGGAAUGGAUCUGCCAGCGCAGCGAGAAGAGAAGCACAGACGAUACGUAACCAGGCCGCAAACGAGGACGAGGACGCGAGACGUCAGGCAAGGAAUAAGUCACGAACGAUGACUGCAAGUGCGCAACGAAGCGCAGAUGAAGAUGGCGAGGCUGAGCAGCCUCUCAUGCCAGAAAGUGCUGGUGGUGAAAUCACAGCUAGUCAAGCUAAGAAGAAAUCUGGCGAUGCUCAUGCAUAUGCACACCGCGACAUUAAACCCGCAAACAUCAUGCUGGACGAUGACGACCCGAGCACAAGUGGAAGCGGUGAUCCGAAACCAAUUCUCAUGGAUUUAGGAUCUAUUGCGCCAAGCCCAACACCCAUCACGAGUCGAAGCCAAGCUCUCGCAGUUCAGGAUACAGCCGCUGAGCACAGUACCAUGCCUUACCGUGCACCUGAACUCUUUGAUGUAAAAACCGGCUCAGUAAUUGACACAAAAGUCGACAUCUGGUCGUUGGGCUGUACGAUGUAUGCCUGUUUGAUCGGAAAAUCACCUUUCGAGGCAAGAUCAGAUGAAACUGGUGGAUCAUUGUCAAUAUGUGUCCUUGGUGGAGACUGGAAAUGGCCAGAUGAAAAUGCUCCGAAGCCGAAGAGGCAAGGGACUAUUGUUGAGGGAGAUGGUCAAGCAGCAGGAGGCGACAGAAGGGACAAAUACCCGUGCGAAGAGGUGCGAGAUGUGGUCAGAAAAUGUCUAGCUGUCGAGGCUAGUGAACGGCCAGACAUCGAUGAAUUGAUAGAGCUCAUUCGGAACGUGAUGAAGAAGAUACCGGAUGGUGAGACGGCGCAAGGAGAUUAUUAA